AUGUCGGACUACGACGUGAUUCCAACAUGGUUCCCUCCAGAUACAGAUCUGCCCAAUGACGGGCGCUUCACCAGCUACCAAAACCACGUUCCCGCACUGCUCUCGGGUAGGCAGGAUGAAUGGUAUCGGAUGGCUGACACUCUGCUCACCUUGGCUGUGUCGAAAGGGAAGGAGAAAGCCAUCAAAACCGGUUCCGAGUACCUGUUCUCUGACAUGUUUGCGCUGCUGGAGCUCCGGUCAUGGAACCCCCAACCCAUGAUCUUCGUGAACUACGUCGGUGACGGCGAGGACUGGGGACCGAAAGUGAAAAGCACCGACUGUGCAACAAUACGGAAGUUCACGGUGGCCAUCCACAUGUCCCACCGCGCGAUGGAUGUCCUUGGCUUGCACAUCAACUUUCGUGGCGUGACAAUGACAAAGGCGUCGGAGCGCUUCUGGCAGUGUGAUGCAGAAGCGCAGCGGGGCUUCGCAGCCAAGCUGUCAAAUGAGACGUCGACCACGUCCACGACCACGACAAUAGCAGCUGUCCGCCGACGGCCUCGGAUCAAAAUCUGGUGGAAAAACUCCACGACCACGACCACUGCCAUGGUGACCGCUCCGCCUGCCAAUGAAAGCAGAACCAUGUUGUAG